UGGUCUGAGGACGACAUGUCAGCAGCAUUACAGUCAUUGGCCGAAAACCCAAGUAUCUCCGUCUACGCUCUGUCAAAGAAACACGGCAUCCCAGAAUCCACAGUACGAGACAGGAUAAAGGGACGCUCCCGUGAUGACACGGUCGGUCGUCCUACCAUCCUAACGGACGAUGAAGAACAAGCAUUAGUGGUAUACGCUAAGUAUUUGGCGGCCAAAGGUUUCCCACUCACCGUAAGAGCGAUGAAAGCCCUUGCGCAUGAAAUUGAGCUUAAGGCAUCCAAAGCACGCAGUGAACCGUCAAAGUUCACAGAGUCUGGUCCCGGCCAGAAAUGGUGGCGAGGUUUUCGGAGGCGCCAUCCUGACCUCACGCUCAGGUCCCCAGAUCAACUGGACAGGGAGCGUGCGUCUUUCUCUGGACCAGGUGUUGUGUUCGAUCAUUUCGAGCGUAUGGAACAGGUAUUGACAGAAAACAAGAUCAAGGACAAGAAACCGCAUCUGAUUUACAAUGUGGAUGAGACGGGCGUUGAGCUGUCUGUCAAGGUAUCAAAGGUCAUAGUCCCCAGAGGCUCGAAGAGGUCCCCUUCACGGCGCGCUGGUGGUAGAGACCACAUAUCUGUCCUGGUGUGUGUGUCGGCGGCUGGUCAAACGAUUCCACCCAUGGUGAUAUACAACAAAUCAUUUCCUGGGGGGCAGUAUACAGCGGGAGGCCCGGCCGGUGCCCUGUACUCAUUCUCGGAGUCAGGCUACAUAGACGACGACUUGUUUGAGCAAUGGUUCAUCAAGAGCUUCUUGCAGCACUGCCACAAGGAACGUCCAGUGGUGUUGAUCCUCGACCAGCACUACAGCCACUUUUCCUUGAAGGUCCUGGAGGCGGCGGUGAGUAACGACAUAAUACUCCUUGGAUUGCCUCCCCAUACUACACAUUUCUUGCAGCCUCUGGAUGUGGGGAUAUUCGCUCCACUCAAGAAGAAAUGGGCCACAACCAUUGAGACCAUGCAGGCGGCCAGUCAUCAGUUCCGCGUCGGGAAGAGGAACUUUGCAAGGUUGUUCUCCAGCGUUUAUGACGAAGCAGUAACAACCAGUAUCAUCAAGAGUUCUUUCGCCAAAACUGGCAUAUAUCCCUUUGAUGAAGAUGCUAUUGAUGACAGAUGGGUAGGGAUGGACACACCCGAAAGACCGAGUGAGCCCAAGGAGGACCACCAAGGGGAACAAAGUGUCGAGCAACAGUCAGCAGGCAAAACAUCAUGCCCAACCUGCAACGAGCCUUGUAGGUCAUGCGAGCCUCUCCAGAGCCCGCUGAUCUCAAGGCUAAUCCCGCCGUCUCUGAGGGAGAUCCUGAUCCCGGUAACAACUGCACCUACCCAGCGUACAGCCAGGAGGAGGCUGACCGGCAGAGUAUUAACAGACAGGGACGUAGUGAAGGAAAUAAAACAGAAGGAAGAAGAGAAAAAGGAAAAGGAGGAGCGGAAAGCACAAAGAAAGGCGGAGCUUGCUAAGAAACGUGAAGAGAAAGAUCAAAAAGAGAAGGAGAAAAAGAGAAAGAAAGAAGAGAAGCAGGCCGAGGCUAAGAGAAAACUGGCUGAGAAGGAGGAGAGGAAGCGAAAGCGACAGGAACAGUUGGAAGCGAGGAAGAAGAGACGGAAUGAAGACAAGGAGAACCAAAGCCAGCCAGCACCUGACCAAGGUCCCUCAGUGAAAGAGUCAAGGGUUCGCAAGCCCCCAUCGUGGUUGAAGCACUACGAUCUCGAGACAGAAGAGCCGAUGGAGGAGCUCGAGGAGGAGGGCUAGUUUAGUAAACGCUUCUCUGUGAUGUUGAAAAGAUAAGAACAUACAAGUUUAAGGAUCGGGGGUUUGUCUAAGUUAAUUAAAAAUGUGAAUUUGUCUGUAUUACUUAGGUGUGUAAAGUGGGGAAACAUCGAUGUUAUCCGUCUAUAAAGUUCAAUUCUCGCACUGUUAUACAAACUACAUUCUACUAC